CAACACACUGUUAGGGAAGAAUCCCGAGGUUCUGGGAAAUAGCGCUGCCCCAUUUAUUAUAUGAAAUUACAUCAAUCCUAUUUGUAGAUUUCUGGAGGAACAAGGCUUGAAACAUAACUUAAUAUUGAGCUUAUAUUUUUUAUUGGACUGUGUACUUCUACUCAUCUCGAACUGACUACUUCAGUCGGAAAUGUCUACACACUUCAUACUAAGAUAAUAAUCUGAUAAAACGCUAAAAAAUGAUCAUGAACCCAGCUUUCUGUAUAUAAGCACCACGGACAUUUGGUUUAUUUGCAUUAUAAAAUGAGAGACCGAGAGUAGUCAAGAUAACAUUGGUUUUGAGCUUUGGACUAGACUAAAAGGAAUAAUAUUUUUGGAGAGCUGUUAAAACACUGAUCGGUAAUGUUCAUUUACACACUUGUUUUACUGUUAGUGAUUGCUGCUCUAAGACAGAAUGUGUCAUGUGAAGCAAAUAUUCAAAGCCAAAGCUUUAAAAUCAUAAAUGGGAACGAAGCAGCACCACACUCGUUGCCAUACCAGGCAGCAAUACUAGGAAUGGAUGGAAAGUUUCUCUGUGGCGGUUCUCUGAUAUCACCUAGAUCUAUAUUGACAGCUGCACACUGCCUUGACAGGGCUGGUACAUCUGUGCAAGUGGUCCUCGGAGCUCACAACAUUAGUAACCCAGGAGAAGAAGGCCAGUUGAAAAUUACGUCUACGCAAUUUGUAAUUCAUAAAGACUGGAAUGCUAAGAAAGCUCUUAAUGAUAUCGCCCUAGUGAUUCUACCAAAACCCAUUGAAACUACUAAUACGAUAAAAUGGGUGACCCUCCCAACAAAGAAAAAUGCCAUCUACAUUAACAAAAAUGGGACCGUAAGUGGCUGGGGAGCAUAUUCAGACUCUGACGCUACAAAUAUUUCUCCAGUUUUGAGGGAGGCACGGAUCAAAAUUAUCAGCAACUUUUUCUGCAACAUCGCUUACAUGGGUAAAAUUACAAGCAGCCACUUAUGUACCGAUGGCCUGAAGAAGCAAACAUUCUGUACUGGCGACUCUGGGGGUCCACUUGUUGUCGACGGAGUACAGGUUGGAAUUGUGUCCUUCAACUUUGUAUUUGGGUGCUCUUCAGGCUGGCCAGGGGUCUACACCAGAGUUACAAGCUUUUUAGACUGGAUCAGCGAGCAUGUUUACAAUUGAAUAUUUGAUAAGUUUUAUGUAGUUUUAGUGUAAUUUGUUACGGGCAUGAUAAAUCAGCGAAACAGUUAAUAUAGACGUUUAUUAUUUACAAAAUCGUUGUCUUACCGCCAUGUUUUGCUACUCUCUACAUAAACUGUUGCACUAAACAUUUGAAUAUACUAAUAACCAACCUACGUAGCUAGUCAUGCGUGUAUAUAUCCCAGGAAAUCCAGCUUCACAUCCUAGAUCACUACCAAAUGAAGCUAUCCCUACCUGUAAAAACAGCAUAAUUACAAUUAAAUACCAAACCAACAGAUUUUAAUACAUGUUCUUCUUAUGUCCUAAACGCCUGUGCAUUGAUCAUAUGUAUGUUGAAUUGCAAAAGAUAAAAAAAAAAUAGAGAAAAAAAUUAUUGGUAAGAAUGAUAGAGC